AUGACCGACGUGACCGGCAACAAGCGCAUAUUCAUCUUCGAGACGGGUUGGUUCACAAUCCGGAGCUUCGCCACGGCCGCGUCGCCCAAUAAAUACGCUAUGACCGUGUUCGUCGCCCUUACCGGCGUCGGCGCCGCGGCGAAUACACCCACAGGUAUGUAUCGGCAUGUCAAAAAGAGAGCUAUCAGCGUCGCGCUCGGCGCUGGUUAG